AGUCAAAUUUCCCCUCGACAAGCAGCAAAACCCUUGGCGAACUAGCGCAACUCAACGCAAACGCACCACUACAGCGGAGAAAAAAUGGCGAUCUCCGCAGGGCCUAUCCAUUUCCUUCUCUUCUCAAUUCUAAUCUCCCUCACCAUCUUCUCCGUCAGUUCUGAUCCAGACACGGAUCUGAUAAGCGAGCUCAUCUCCCUCCAAUCCGGAUCGGAAUCGGGAGUGAUCCAUCUCAACGACCUCUCUGUCUCCCGGUUCCUGAUCUCUACAAAGACUCCCCGUUCGUACUCCCUCCUCGUCUUUUUCGAUGCCGUUCAGCUUCACGACAAGUCGGAACUCCACCUCCAAGAUCUCCGUCGCGAAUUCGGCAUUCUAGCCUCCUCCUUCGUCGUCAAUAAUGCCAAUGGAUCCUCCUUGUCCCAUGGGAAGCUUUUCUUCUGCGAUAUCGAAUUCAAGGAAUCUCAAUCCUCCUUCGCGCUCUUCGGUGUCAAUUCCCUCCCGCAUGUCCGCCUCGUGGGCCCCACUGCCGCAAACCUCAAGGACGAGUCUCUGCAGAUGGACCAGGGCGAUUUCUCCCGCAUGGCUGAGUCAAUGGCCGAGUUCAUCGAAGCCAAGACAAAACUCACCGUCGGCCCCAUUCACCGGCCACCGCUCUUGUCCAAGAAGCAGCUCGGUUUCAUCGCAGUAUUCGUUUUGAUUUGGACCCCAUUUCUCAUCAAGAAGAUUCUAGCAGGGGACACUCUUCUCCACGACCGCAAGAUUUGGUUAUCGGGAGCCGUUUUCGUCUACUUCUUCAGUGUUUCAGGUGCGAUGCACAACAUAAUCAGGAAGAUGCCGAUGUUUUUGGUGGACAGGAACGACCCGAAUAAGCUGAUAUUCUUCUACCAAGGAUCCGGGAUGCAGCUCGGAGCCGAAGGGUUCGCGGUUGGCUUCCUGUACACUCUCGUGGGUCUGCUGCUGGCAUUUAUCACGCAUGUGCUCGUUAGGGUGAAGAGCGUGAAAACUAAGAGGAUUUUCAUGCUCGUCGCUCUCUCGGUUUCUUUCUGGGCUGUGAAGAAGGUGAUUUAUUUGGAUAAUUGGAAGACUGGCUAUUGGGUUCAUGGCUUCUGGCCUAGGAGUUGGAACUAAGUCUUGAGGCCCUAUAAGGUGAUAUAGUUGUUUUCUUCCCUCUUCGGGUUGUAUCAGAGAUGCUAAGCUCAAAUGCAAGGACCCGGUUUUCAUGAUUCAAGCAUAUAACUUUUUAAUGAGAGUCGCCUGCCUUAGAAAUUAUACUUUUACUGCUUGACAGAUAUUAACAUUUUUAUCAUACAAGUUCUUAAUAUUUUGAGUUA